AUGGUAAUUGUCACGCGUGAGGAGUCGGCCUCUGUCGGACGCCGUGGUGGCCACUCGGCUCCUAUCUUUAGUGGUCCACAAUCGUUGCUGAAGUACAACUUGGAGAAGAAAUCCAAUGAGCUGGAACAGAAACUAGCCUUGCAGAGCAGGACAAAGGACAGCCACUUGAGCCAGCUGGGGGAGGUGGAGAAGCGAUUCAGUGUCCUGUCCAGACAGUGUGCCAUGGUCAAGCAGGCCCAUGAGAAACUAGAGCAAAAUGUUGAUGAGGCCAUGAGAAUCAAUAAGAAACUGACCUCUGCAAAUGAAAAACAAGAAGCAACCAUUGUGUCACUGAAGAAGGUAUGUGGAAAACUGCCCCAGAGUCCUGCACGGGUCCAGGGUCCAAACCCACAACUGUCCAGGUCCCUCAAAUGUCAGUCCCGGAACUGA